AUGGUACGUCUUUUCGGUUUUUCCAUUGAACUUGGGCACUUUUUACAGUCUGAACUACCGUUUUUUCACGUUUCUCCUUUUUGAAAUGCCUUCCACUACUCAAAAACCUAGAAACUUAAAAACAAGCAACUUUAUUGAAGUGCAACUGUUGGAUUCAGGGUGACGCCGUUGCUGAUGCGCUUGAGCAGCUCACCGCCGACCAAAUCGAGCGUAAGAAAAUGCCAAAAACUGUGAAUAGUUCAAAAAAAUGCUCUCAGAGUUCCGUAAAUACUUCAACAUGUUCGACAAGGAAGGAAAAGGCUACAUCCGUGCCACGCAGGUUUGAAAGUUUCCGUGGCUUAAGAAACUAUCUGAGGGAGUUCAGGUCGGUCAGAUCCUCCGUACCAUGGGACAGGCCUUCGAGGAGCGCGACUUGAAGCAGCUCAUCAAGGAGUUCGACGCCGACGGUUGGUCCUCUGAUGGGGAGAGAGGAAUGGAGAAGUUCUGCAGGUUCUGGAGAGAUCGAGUUCGAGGAGUUCGCUGCCAUGGUGGCCAACUUCGUCGUCAACAACGAAAACGACGAAGGCCUCGAGGAGGAACUCCGCGAGGCUUUCCGUCUUUACGACAAGGAGGUUUCUUCCAUACUUCUCUUACUUUUACACUUUUACCACUUUAUAAAAUACUUCACAUCUGGAAAUUAAUGGCUUAUUAAUGAAUCAAGAUACUUCUCAAAGUUUAAGAUUUGAGAAAAAAGGUUAGCCUAAAAAGGGAAUUCAGCUUACUAGGAUAUCUUAAUCAGUCUUUGAAUAGCUCAAGUUUUUCCACCUCUAUCGUUUUUUCAAAAUAAUACUCCAACUUUUAAGAUCAAUUCCUUUAGGUGCCCAGAAUUAUUAUUAUCUCCUUGAAAACCUUUGAGACGAUAAUCGGAAUCAGCGAAAAAAAACUGCAUUUUUUGGUCUGAAAUCCAUUCAAAACUAGUUGACAAAAAAGGUAGAUAAAAUUUUUUAAAAUAAAUUCAUGUUAAAAGCUGGCGGGGAAGCUCUUCGGUAAAUAUUUUUAUCGAUUCAGUAACUUUUUGCCCUAAAAUUGGUGAACAAGUCAAAAAUAAUUUACCCGGAAAAUUUCGAACUCUCUAUAGUAACUCGUAAUUUGAUUGGAUGAAACUCCUACGUUCAUUUUUAACGAUCAAUCGAUAAUCUCAUUUUCUGUCUUUUCCUCCAAUGCCUACGGCCAAACGCUGAUUUGCCGACGUGUCGGUAUUUGCACGGCUCUUGGCGCUUUCGCCGAUUUUCGAGGUCCUGAGCAAAUUUCUUUCAAGGCGAAGGCUUCAAUCCCUCUUAACAUUUUCCGACAAGGCAAAGCGACUGGACUGAAAAGAAAUCUUCAACUUUUUUUGAACCAUUAUGAUCAAAUUUUUAUAUCAUUUUUUCGCUUUUUCUUUGAAUGAACAUGACCGACGUUAAAAAAUACUCCAAAAACGGUUGUAAUUUUAGGUCACGACAAAUUUUCAGUUUUUUCACGUAGGAGAGCACGGCUACUAGUACAUUCAUACGAAAUGCGAAAUGAACCGAAAACAGACCUCUUUCCUUGCAAAUGGCUCACAAGAGUGUCAAAUAUCCCAGAAGAACAACGUUCUCAUCGAAAAUUGUAACGACUCGAAUGGAGAUCUUCGCCUUUUCAAAAUUCGGGUGAUUUAAAUGAAAAAGGAGAAAUCCUUGUUAGGUUUUCUCUUCAAGGUUCAAUAGUAAAAUACACAAAGUAUUUCUGAAUUAUUUUUUUUUGUUUGAAAGAGUGCUUCUAUAAGUUUUGAAGUGGUCUUUGUAAGAUAGACUGUUCGCCAAGUAGUCUUUUCUGUACUAUCUUUUCACUCAGCGACGCUCUCAUUUUAACACUCUUGUUCCAUUUUUUCAUGACUCAGUGAGAUAAAAUAAAGCAGCUAGCUUGAUCAUUUUCUUUAAAUCGCAGCAAACGAGGUAGAAAUCAUAAUUCUUAACAAGUCUUUCUUCAGACUGUGUGCUGAUCAGAUAUUUUGGUAAAUUUAUGCGAUCACUUUUUCUUUUUCGAUUUUUUAGCAAAAAUUUUCUAAUUCAGGGCAACGGUUACAUCAACGUUUCGGACCUUCGCGAUAUUCUGCGCGCCCUCGACGACAACGUCUCCGAAGAGGAGCUCGACGAGAUGAUUGCUGAAAUCGACGCUGACAACUCCGGAACUGUCGAUUUCGACGGUCCGUUUCUUUCCAUCUCAAAACUCCAAAAUUAUUUUUUCCAGAGUUCAUGGAGAUGAUGUCCGGCGAAUAA